GUUUUAUUGUGAAAGUGUCAUCGGAAGUGUUCCCGCUGUAUUGCGGGUUGUAAACGCUCCAUGCGGGCUGAUACAUUCCGAUGUGAGUGAGAUGUAACGGCUGUGCGGACUUUAUGUUUCGGGCUGUUUCGCACUUUAAUGAACAAAAUGGCGCAGUUAAAGGAGUUGAAGUGUUGUCCGGACGGGUACAGAGCUCUGAACAGUACCGAGCUCACCGAGCUUUUACACAACGACGACAAAAUGGACCAGAUCAUUCGUCUCAAUGAGAAGUUUCAGGAGCUGCAGAUGGACAGAGAGAUGCUGCUGACGACCAAUCGGAGUUUAGCUGAGGAGAGUCUGGCCCGACGACCUCGACUAUGUAAUGGCAAACUGCAGCUGGCAGAAAAAUACAGACAACUGUCCAACCUGGCAACCCGCUGCUGGGACAAACAGAGUCAGCUUGAGACUCGUGGUCAGAAGAACAGCCUGCAGAUGGCUCACAACCUCCUGCAGGAGGAGGUGGCUCGAGCUGAGGAACACUCUGAGGAGCUGCUGGAGAAGUUCAUGGAGGGAAAUGUGGGCCUGGAGGAGUUCCUGGAGUCCUUCCAAAGCUCCAGGAAGACAUAUCAUAUCCGCCGGGCUCAGGCCGAGAAGAUGCUGGACGUCUCCCAGGCCAGGAGGCAGCUGGAUAAAUCCAGCAGAGCUGAGGAAAGUGAAGUCCCAGAGGAAAAGGCCGACUCGGAUCAGAACCAGGAGCCUCAGAGGCCCAACAGCUUUGUGGCUCAGGGACCUCUCAGAGUGUUCCAGGUACGAUAUGGCCUAACGCCAGCCAUCCUCCUCCCACAUUACCCCCUGUCUCCCCCUGCCUCUGCCCCAGGAUAUCAGAGCAGUACCCCCCCACCAGAACCAGGUCAGACCCACAUACUGAGCCCCAACAGCCCGCUGCCCGGACACGGCCAUCCCGUAGGCCUCAGGGUCAUCGGACAGUUACCAGGGGGCUGGCCAGCUAACGGGCGGCCGGUCAGGGUCCAGCAGCUAUACAGGCCAAACCUUCAACAGCCUGAACCGCCGUACCGAUAAGAACCAGGACACUGACCAGGAUGAGGAGGAAGAGAAGAAGGAGGAGGAGGAGGAGAAGGAGGAGGAUGAGAUUCUGAGAGGUUCCCUAACAUGGAGCCAAACAGAGGCUGUCACUAUCAUGCAAGCACAGACUGAGUCAGCAGACCACAGGCGUUUAAUUCUGUUUCCAUCCAUGAACACAAACGUUACAGAGACAGAGACCACAGAUCAGGACAGGAUGGGCUCUGAUAGGCCGACUCGUUAAGACUCAUUAACUUAUCAAACAUUUUAUCUCUCCUGAUUCUGUUUCUGGUCUGUUUAAAUCGACUGCAUUGACUUUUGUCACAAUGAAACGUGAUGUGAUGUGUUGUGAUGCUUCCAUGGAUCCCUGAAGGUAAAUCUGGGUCUAGGAUCAGAGAUGGAGCGUCAGCCAUUCAUAUGAAAGCUGCUCAGCUGCUCAUGAAGCCAGAAAAGUUUUACUCUGUUAGAUCAUGGCUUCCUGGUCAUGCACCGACAGAGCGCACUCACUAGAGACUAAACAUCCUGUUUAGCUCUCUGCUAACUGGAAUUGGGGAUUAAAUGAGGUGCGGAUCUUCUGGACUGUCCAGAUAUUAUCGGACAGAAUGGAUCAAAUCAUCUACAGCUGCCUCUCUCACAGUGUUACAGACAGGAGAAAGUGUUUUUGGGUCUGUGUUUGUCGUGUGUGUGACCACUGAGUCAAGUGGCCUCAGAACCCAGCGCUGUUCCAGGAGACUCUCAUUCAUGACUGUCAUAAUGUUUCACUCAGGAGCAGCUGAGUCAUUGUGACACCUGGUGGUUACAUUCAGCAUAACAGAAGUGAUGUUUGGCUCAAUAUGAAACCAGUUCAGCAUCGACCUGCCUUUUUAAAAUCAAACUGUGUGUGCGGCCGUCUGGAUGUGACGGUGUGGAGCAGCUAACAAAGCAUGAAUGUUAGCUCAUUACUAGAAUCAUCAAACUCCAUGGUUCAGAUUCAGUAAGUGGAUUUGAUGAUGCUUCUGAAUUCAUGUAGUGCUGAUGAACCCAUCCCUGAGAAGGACAUGAUAGUUUUUAUUAUUUUUAAUGUUAUUAUUUUUUAUACUGCACACAAAGCAUCAGUAAUAAAACAGGGUCUCCUUGUUAAUUCAUACAGACAGACUGAACGAAUGAUGCAUUAAUAAAACAGUUUCAUAUGAACUCUGA